AGCGGUUUCUUUUUGUUUCUAGCACACUGUAGCAUCUGAAACAGGAAUACGUGAACAGGGGACUGCAACUGCACCUUCCACUGCAGAAUGUACUUCCUUGCCACUGUUACCAAUACUGCAGUGACCAUAAAAGCCUAACCAGUUAAACCACCAAGGAAACCUGAGAAAGUGAAAUUAGGAGUCUGACUACUGAAGCACUCCUUCAGUGAGAGAGAAAAAGAAUCAGGUCUGUGGCCUAGUGCUAUGCAUAGAAGGCACCCCAAUUUCACCCCCUCCCGGCAACUCCGGAGUCUGACCAGAGCCUGGGAUUACCACAGGAGCCCGUUCGGCAGUAGUGCGUCUCCUCCUGUAAAGGGAAUGCUCCUGUCCCCACAGUCCCGGGACAAAACACCCAGCUACAGGUGCUCCGAUCUCGGAUGCCUGUCAACCAACGGUGCAGAAGAGAGAGAGCUCGUAUUCCACCCGACCGGCGCCUCAGGGCAGAGCCACACAACGGUUCUGACUCGCUAGUCCGGGGGACGCACGCAAGCCAGCAAAGCAAAGCACGGGCGCUGGUGGGGCCCCUAGGAGAUGCCGGGAGCCCGAAGCUGGUCUCUGCGCUACCGUGAGCGGGACGUGCGCCCAACUCUUCCUCGGGCGGUUCCUCCGGCAGCUUAGGGUCCGCGUGUGCGUCGCUGAGCUUUCCAGGCUUGGAUAAGAAAUGGAUAAGGAUGAGCUUGACCUUCACAGAAUCCCCCCAGAGGCACCUUGGGGGCCACACACUGACCGUGCAUUUCAUGGGGUGGAAUUUCUGCCAGAAGAUCUUGGUGAGGCUCUAAAUAAGACUGCAAUGAGAGUGAAUGAGAAAUAUUCCUCUCUACCUGCUGAGGAGAAGGGGAUUCACAUUAUCAACAUCCGAGCUAUUGAAGACAUCGGAUACGUCCAGCAUGAAAGUAUAUUAUUAAAUUCGCUGUGUCAGGAUCCAGAUGCCAACUGCAAACAUGGACUCUAUUUUCGAGAUGGCAAGAGGAAAGUGGAUUAUAUCUUGGUUUACCAUUUUAAGAAGUCCUCAGUCAGUAAGACGCUCACUAGGCGAAUUCAUCACAAUGACUCAAGUGCCCAAAGCAUCAAACAGGAUCAUCAGCUUCCUGGGAAGGGUGGGCACCUUGACGUGGGAGAAAGUGAGAGCAUGGACUAUCACGAAGAUGACAAGAGAUUCCGCAGAGAGGAGUAUGAAGGCAACCUCAUGGAGGCUGGUCUGGAAUUGGAAAGAGAUGAAGAUACUAAAAUACAUGGGGUUGGAUUUGUAAAAAUACAUGCACCUUGGAAUGUUUUGUGCCGGGAGGCAGAAUUUCUGAAACUCAAGAUGCCCACAAAAAAGGUGUAUCAGAUAAAUCAAGCCCAUGGUCUUUUGAAAAAAAUUAAUUCUGUAAUUCAAAAAAUAACAGAACCUAUCCAGCCAAAAGUAGCAGAACUCAAACCACAGACAGUGAAACGCCUCUCUUACCCCUUCUCCCGGGAGAAACAACACUUAUUUGAUUUGUCUGACAAAGAGUCCUUUUUUGACAGCAAAACUAGAAGCACAAUAGUUUAUGAAAUAUUGAAAAGAACAACAUGUACCAAAGCCAAGUACAGCAUGGGGACAGGAGAGGGAAGAAAGACGGAAACUACACUUUUAAAUAAAAGAUGGAAAUGUGGUAAAUAUGGAAUCACCAGUCUGCUUGCCAAUGGAGUUUACAGUGCUGCAUAUCCUUUGCAUGAUGGUGACUACGAAGGUGAAAAUGUUGAGCUCAAUGACAGAAAACUCCUGUGUGAGGAAUGGGCAAGCUAUGGAGUCUUUUAUAAAUACCAGCCAAUUGACCUAGUGAGAAAAUACUUUGGAGAGAAGAUUGGACUGUAUUUUGCCUGGCUGGGAGUUUAUACUCAAAUGCUCAUUCCUGCUUCCAUUGUAGGGGUUAUUGUGUUUCUGUAUGGCUGUGCAACGGUGGAUGAGAAUAUACCAAGUAUGGAGAUGUGUGAUGACAGAAACAACAUCACCAUGUGCCCUCUAUGUGACAAAACGUGCAGUUACUGGAAAAUGAGCUCUGCCUGUGCCACCGCUCGAGCGAGUCACCUGUUUGACAACCCAGCAACUGUCUUCUUCUCUGUCUUUAUGGCUCUGUGGGCUGCCACUUUUAUGGAACACUGGAAGAGAAAACAGAUGCGUCUCAACUAUAGAUGGGAUCUGACUGGGUUUGAAGAGGAAGAGGAGGCAGUCAAGGCUCAUCCAAGAGCAGAAUAUGAAGCUAAAGUAUUAGAAAAAUCACUGAGGAAAGAAUACAUACAUAAAAAGAAGCGUCGACAUUUGCCAGAAGAGACAGCAAACAAAUGGAGACAGAGAGUUAAGACAGUCAUGGCUGGGGUGAAAUUGACUGAUAAAGAGAAACUGACAUGGAAAGAUCGUUUUCCAGCAUAUUUUACCAAUUUUGUUGGCAUUAUCUUCAUGGUUGGACUGACAUUUGCUAUCGUGUUUGGAGUCAUUAUAUACAGAAUCUCCACUGCAGCAGCCUUAGCCCUCAGCUCAACUCCCUCUGGCCGGUCUAGUGUUAGAGUAACAGUCACUGCAACUGCAGUUAUUAUUAAUCUGGUGGUGAUCAUCAUCCUGGAUGAAGUAUAUGGCUGCAUAGCCAGGUGGCUAACUCAGAUUGAGGUCCCCAAAACAGACAAGAGUUUUGAAGAGCGGCUGAUCUUCAAGGCCUUCCUUCUGAAAUUUGUCAAUGCCUACACUCCCAUUUUCUAUGUUGCUUUCUUCAAAGGCCGAUUUGUUGGACGUCCAGGAGAUUAUGUCUACAUUUUUCAUUCUUUCCGAAUGGAAGAGUGUGCCCCUGGUGGUUGCUUAAUGGAAUUGUGCAUCCAGCUUAGUAUUAUCAUGUUGGGCAAACAGCUGAUUCAGAAUAAUCUCUUUGAGAUUGGUAUCCCAAAAAUGAAGAAAUUAAUCAGAUAUAUCAAAUUAAAGCAAAAACGCUCUUUAGAUCAUGAGGAGCAUAUGAAAAAAAAACAACGCUAUGAAGUGGACUAUAACUUGGAACCUUUUGCUGGGCUUACUCCAGAAUACAUGGAAAUGAUUAUCCAGUUUGGAUUUGUAACCUUGUUUGUUGCAUCCUUCCCGCUGGCUCCUUUGUUUGCGUUGUUGAACAACAUCAUUGAAAUACGUUUAGAUGCAAAGAAAUUUGUCACUGAGCUUAGAAGACCAGUUGCAGUCAGAGCAAAAGAUAUAGGAAUCUGGUAUAAUAUCCUCAGAGGUGUAGGAAAACUUGCUGUAAUAAUAAAUGCAUUUGUGAUCUCAUUCACAUCUGACUUCAUUCCACGCCUCGUGUACCUGUAUAUGUACAGUGAGAAUGGCACCAUGCAUGGCUUCGUGAACCAUACGCUAUCCUCUUUUAAUGUCAGCGAUUUUCAAGGAGGAACAGCUCCAAAUGAACCAAUGGAACUUGGCUACGAGGUUCAGAUAUGCAGAUACAAAGAUUACCGAGAACCCCCAUGGUCUGAAAACAAAUAUGAAAUUUCAAAGGACUUCUGGGCUGUCCUAGCAGCAAGAUUAGCAUUUGUGAUAGUUUUUCAGAACUUGGUCAUGUUUAUGAGUGACUUUGUGGACUGGAUUAUCCCAGACAUUCCCAAGGACAUUAGUCAGCAGAUUCAUAAAGAGAAAGUUCUCAUGGUGGAGGUGUUCAUGAAAGAAGAACAGGGAAAGCUGCAAAUGAUAGAAACCUGGAAAGACAAGGACAUGAAAAAAGGUGAAAACUGUAACAACCACAGUCCCAAGGUCUCAAGGAGCCACAGCGGGAGCAUGUCCUCCUGCCAUUCAUAUCACAUUGAUGUAUAGAAGAGGAGGGUAGUUUUUGUUUUGUUGAGGCAUUCCACUGAUAAACAAGCCAUCACUUAAAGGGCAAGACUUGAUUUAUGGACAACCAGGUGAAUGUUUAAGUAUGUGCAACCAUUUUGCUCCCAUCUUUGUGAGAAAUGCACUUCUUACAAAUAUGGAAGGCCACAUUCUAUUUCUGAUAGGAUUUUUUUUUAAGUAAUGCAGGGAAUUUUUAUAUUUCAUAGUUAGAUAACACUGUGGAUGUUCGUGUGUGUUAACAAAAUGCUGGUACUUAGAAAUGUUCUCUGAGAAUCUGACUUUAGCUUAUUAAUUAAGAAAUAACCAAAGUAAAUUUCAAAUCAUAAUAAUUUUAAAUCUUUUUGGCAGUCCAUCCCUGAAAGGCUUUGGGCAGAUCUACAAAAUAUAUGCAAAGUCAAUUUUACAAUGUGCUCUAGCAUUUCAUUUAACAGGAGAAGAGAAACAAUAUAAACCUUCUAAGGCAU